AUGAAGAGCGUCACUUUACUAAUUUCUUUUCUUUUACUUGUUAGUGUUAAUUCGCAGCAGCAAAUAAAGUCCAUUGUUAUUCCACAACCACCUCCACAAGGAUGUCUACAAUGUACCCUCCGUGCCGCGUACCGACCAUUGGGAAGACCGUCGUUCAUUGACUGUAAUCCAGGUGGAUCUUCCACUUACAGUGCGUGUGUUGGAUGCUGCGCAGGUUACGCUUUGUCGCGUGGCAAGAAUGUGAUUGACGGUACUGGUCUUGUCACCCAGAACAAUCGCUGUUUCGAGGAGGAAGAUUGGUGCAAAUCGUGUGCAACUAGUGGUUGGGCGAUGUUGCUGCAGUUCAUCUGGCCUUUUUCUCAAUUCAUCUUCUAUUUGAACGCAACGUUGGUUUAUGUGACGUGGCAAUCGAACGAUCACACAUUAUUGCUUUCAUCUUGGAGACAAAAUAAAAUUGUUCGUGCUAUAAAUGAUGAUGCGACAACCUCACUGGCAUCGUUCAACAUGCAUUCAAUCAUUGUUCUCUUUGGCUGCCUUCUCUCUGCUUCACUUGUUGUCCCGCAAGGACGACGACCUGUUCAGUCACAAUCGGUUAUAAUACCUCAGCCACCAUCUGGAGGUGGAUGCGUGAGAUGCGACAACAACGCGUUCUUCCAAACACUCCUCAAUAAUCGAGUUCAGUUUAUCACAUGCAGUAACCAAAAAGAAAGUGGUUGCGCCGGAUGUUGUACUGCAUACGCGCUUUACAAGGAUAGUGUCACCUCCAUAGCAGACAAAACAUGCAGGCUUCAGAAGGGUAUUUAUUUAUUUGCCUCAAACCUCAUCUUCAUUCAUCUCGAUAUGAAUUCUCUCUUUGCUUUAUUUUGCUUUGUGGCUAUUGCAUGUGCACAACGCCCACAACGCCCACAAUCCUCGGUGGUGCAGCAGCAGUCAAUUGUGAAUCCAUCUCGUGGUUGCGUGAAUUGCAACGCACGAGCAGUGUUCAGUUUCCGAGGCGGAUUCCGAUCGAGAACAGUGACAUGCAACAGCGUUUCUCGAGCAGACUGUCCGGAAUGCUGUAAAGCGUACGCAAUUUCAAUUGGAAAGCGUCCGACUGUAUCACUUUCGGAACCAAGCAAAACAUUCACGUUUCUGAACGGUAUCGUCAGUUCGUUGGAAUAUGAAGUCUCUCUUUACUUUGUUCUGCUUGAUGGCUAUUGCAUAUGCACAACGACGACCACUACCCUCGGUGGUGCAGCCACAGCCAAUUGUGAGUCCAACUCGUGGUUGCGUGAAUUGCAACGCACGAGCAGUGUUCACUUUCCUAGACGGAUUCCAAUCGAGAACAGUGGCAUGCAACCGCGUUUCUCGAGCAGACUGUCCGGAAUGCUGCAAAGCGUACGCAAUUUCAAUUGGAAAGCGUCCGGAAGCUUCGGCUGGUUUCAUUGUAAACAACAGAUGCCUGUGCUGUACUACGUGUCCAUAAGUUGA